AUGGUUUCAGUGCUGACUCUCCUUGGUUGCCUGCUGCAAGGUGCCCAUUGUGGAGUGUUUGUGUUAUCUAUACCGCGGACCAUAGAGGUUCUGAGUGGAUCCUGUGUGACCAUCCCCUGCUCCUUUGAUAUAGAGGAAGAAUAUAAACCACACUUAGAUAGAUCAUGUAGGGUAUUGUGGAAGCAAUUGAAUGAGGAUGAAUGUUUCUUCAGUGACUGGUUGAUAUGUACCUUUCUACCAGCUGCUCCUCCCACACCGACUCUGACUGCGUCCACACUGAAGGUGAAGGAGGGAACCUCUGUGGGUUUGACGUGCUCUGCUCCAGCUCCCUGUCUGUCUCAUCCUCCAGCUCUGACCUGGACCCCCGGCCUGGGGGACGCUCAGGAGAAACUGCAGGAGAAUCAGGACAAAACUAAAGUCAAGCUCUCUGUUCUGACCUUCACUGCUUCUCACCUCCAUCAUGGGAAGAAGAUCUACUGUAAGGCCACCUACAACAAACAAGAUGGCAGCACUGAGUCAGCUGUUAGCACAAGUUUAACAGCUGAUAUUUCAUGUGCCCUGUGUCGAACAUUUCAGUUAUUUGUGCCGCCGACUAUAGAGGUUCUGAGUGGAUCCUGUGUGACCAUCCCCUGCUCCUUUGAUAUAGAGAGAAAAUAUGACUCAUUCUUAGAUAGAUCAUGUAGGAUAUUGUGGAAGCAGACUGAUGACAAGACUGUGUUUGACAGUGGAGAUCCACAAACGUCUACAAUAAAGGGAGAACUGACAGGAGACGUGACAAAAAAAGACUGCACCACAACCCUGAACAACAUGCAACCUGCUCACAGCAAACUAUAUAUCUUCAGACUGGAAUGCAACAAUGGCCUGAGAAUAAGCUUUAAGGACAUCAAAAUAGAUAUUAAAGUCAAAGCUGCUCCUCCCACACCGACUCUGACUGCGUCCACACUGAAGGUGAAGGAGGGAACCUCUGUGGGUUUGACGUGCUCUGCUCCAGCUCCCUGUCUGUCUCAUCCUCCAGCUCUGACCUGGACCCCCGGCCUGGGGGACGCUCAGGAGAAACUGCAGGAGAAUCAGGACAAAACUAAAGUCAAGCUCUCUGUUCUGACCUUCACUGCUUCUCACCUCCAUCAUGGGAAGAAGAUCGACUGUAAGGCCACCUACAACAAACAAGAUGGCAGCACUGAGUCAGCUGUUAGCACAAGUUUAACAGCUGAUAUUUCAUGCCAGGAGACUUUCCUAAGGAGCGGACCUGUUUUAACCAUUAAUGCAGCCAAUGAUAACAGAUUUUUUUUCUGCAAGACAGAAAAUGAUAUUGGGGCUGGACAAUCCAACAAGAUAACAAUAAAUGUUCAGUAUUCACCCAAAAACACCACAGUGUCAGUCAGUCCCUCUGGUCCAGUUCCAGAGGGCAGAAAUGUGACUCUGACAUGUAAUAGUUCUGCAAACCCACCAGUGGGGAACUACACCUGGUACAGAGCUGACGGAGGCCAGGAGACUCUUAUUGGGACCAGACAAGUUGUAAACAUCAAAGUAUCGAAAGGAGACAAUCUGUUUUUCUGCAAAGCUGAAAAUGAAAUUGGAACUGGACGAUCCAACAUCAGUCAAAUAGAUGUUCAAUUUGCUCCACAAAUCCUGCCCUCAUCUAACUGCACCAACGCUGCAUCCCAGCUCAACUGUUCCUGCAGGACUGUGGGAAAUCCUUCCCCCACUUUGAAGUGGUAUCUGGAUGGGCUGCCUGUCAACCAGUCUGACACGUUUGGAAUCAGCUCUCUAAAUGACACAGGUCUGAGGAGCAUCCUUAUUGUGAACCAACCACAGGAGAGGGAUCUUUCCAACUUGCUCUGCCUCAGUUCCAACUCUCUGGGAUCUGCCAGUCAACGUUUUUGUGUCGCCAGCCUAAAAUCUCAAGACCAUGUUUCAGGCCACGAAUUGCUGUUGCCAGUCUUCAUCACCACAGUUGCUGCUCUGCUAGUAUUAGUAUGUGCUCUGCUGUUUGUUAUCAGGGCUCAAAGGACUCAACAUAACCUUGCGAAGAAUCAGUGCACAGGUGACACCAGCACACUUCCUAUGACCCAACUUCUAACAAGUGGAGAAGAAAAUGAGGUACCCAACACCACACAAGAGGACAUUUAUGUCAACACCAAUGAGCUGAGACAGGCAGAAGCUGACCAACAUGCAGCCGUCCCUGAGCCAAACAGUACAGACUUGCCAAGCUCUGGACCGAACAAUGCAGAAGAAACCAAUAAAAGCUCAGAAAAGAAGGGUGAGGAAGGCAGUGAUAUGAUUUACUCCUCUGUGAUUUGGAAAAGCAAAAGCAAGGUGAAGGGAGAAGACUCUGUGAACAUGAAUCGUCCUGGUAGCUCCUAUCUGGAGGAGGAGAGUUACGCAGUGGGAGGCAUGUGCAAAAGCUUUAUGAGCACUGCACUGGAGAUGGGAAAUAUAUAUGACAAAGUGGAGCCUAGGAAUGUGGAGAUGGCAGAGGAAAGUGCAUAUGCCCAGGUUAAAUUCAAAGAUAAGAGUCCUAAUCACCAGUAG